GGGGGCGCUGAGCGCGGCGGGCGCGGCCGGAGGAGCCAUGGACUGCAGCCUGGUGCGGACGCUGGUGCACAGAUACUGUGCUGGCGAGGAGAACUGCGUGGACAGCCGGACCAUCUACGUGGGGCACAGGGAGCCCCCCCCAGGUGCUGAGGCCUACAUCCCGCAGAGACACCCCGACAACAGAAUCGUCUCCUCCAAGUACACGUUUUGGAACUUCAUACCCAAGAACUUAUUUGAACAAUUCAGGAGAAUAGCCAACUUUUACUUUCUUAUCAUAUUUCUGGUACAGUUGAUUAUUGACACCCCCACGAGCCCAGUGACGAGCGGGCUCCCACUGUUCUUUGUCAUCACAGUCACGGCCAUCAAACAGGGCUAUGAGGACUGGCUUCGCCAUAAGGCGGACAACGCCAUGAACCAGUGCCCGGUGCACUUCAUCCAGCAUGGCAAACUGGUCCGGAAGCAGAGCCGGAAGCUAAGGGUGGGGGACAUCGUCAUGGUCAAGGAGGACGAGACCUUCCCCUGUGACUUGAUCUUCCUCUCCAGCAGCCGCGGAGACGGGACCUGCCACGUGACGACCGCCAGCUUAGACGGGGAAUCCAGUCACAAAACUCACUAUGCCGUUCAGGACACUAAGGGGUUUCAUACUGAAGAAGAUAUUGACGGCUUGCACGCCACCAUUGAGUGUGAGCAGCCCCAGCCCGACCUGUACAAGUUUGUCGGCCGCAUCAACGUCUACAGCGAUCGGAACGACCCCGUGGUGAGGCCGCUGGGGUCAGAGAACCUGCUUCUCAGAGGAGCGACGCUUAAGAACACUGAGAAGAUCUUCGGUGUUGCUAUCUACACGGGCAUGGAAACCAAGAUGGCAUUAAAUUACCAAUCAAAAUCCCAGAAGCGAUCUGCUGUAGAAAAAUCCAUGAAUGUCUUCCUCAUUGUGUACCUCUGCAUUCUGGUCAGUAAAGCACUGAUAAACACCGUCCUCAAGUACGUGUGGCAGAGCGAACCGUUCCGAGAUGAGCCGUGGUAUAAUCACAAAACCGAAUCGGAAAGACAGAGGAACCUGUUCCUCAGGGCGUUCACGGACUUCCUGGCGUUCAUGGUUCUCUUCAACUACAUCAUCCCGGUGUCCAUGUACGUCACGGUGGAAAUGCAGAAGUUCCUGGGCUCGUACUUCAUCACCUGGGAUGAAGACAUGUUUGAUGAGGACACAGGCGAAGGGCCUCUGGUCAACACCUCAGACCUGAACGAAGAAUUAGGACAGGUGGAGUACGUCUUCACGGACAAGACCGGCACACUCACAGAGAACAACAUGGAGUUCAAGGAGUGCUGCAUCGAGGGCCACGUGUACGUGCCGCACGCCGUCUGCAACGGGCAGGUGCUCCCCGACGCCUCCGGCAUCGACAUGAUCGACUCCUCCCCGGGCGCUGGCGCCAGGGAGCGAGAAGAGCUGUUUUUCCGGGCCCUGUGCCUGUGCCACACAAUCCAGGUGAAGGAUGACGAUGACGUGGAUGGACCCAGGAAGUCACCAGACUCGGGGAAGUCCUGUGUGUACAUCUCGUCCUCUCCCGACGAGGUGGCCCUAGUCGAAGGUAUCCAGAGACUCGGCUUCACGUACCUGCGGCUGAAGGAGAACUACAUGGAGAUACUGAACAGGGAGAAUGGCGUGGAGAGGUUUGAAUUGCUGGAAAUCUUGAGUUUUGACUCCGUAAGAAGGAGAAUGAGUGUGAUUGUCAGAUCUGCUACAGGAGAAAUCUAUCUGUUUUGCAAAGGAGCAGACUCUUCAAUAUUUCCCCGCGUGAUAGAAGGCAAAGUUGACCAGAUUCGUUCCAGAGUGGAGCGCAAUGCGGUGGAGGGACUUCGAACUCUGUGCGUUGCCUACAAAAGGCUGAUCCCCGAAGAAUAUGAAGGUGUUUGCACACUGCUGCAGGCCGCGAAGGUGGCCCUUCAGGAUCGUGAAAAGAAGUUGGCGGAGGCCUACGAGCAAAUAGAGAAAGACCUCAUUCUGCUUGGUGCCACGGCUGUUGAGGACAGGCUCCAGGAGAAAGCCGCCGAUACCAUCGAGGCUCUGCAGAAGGCGGGGAUCAAAGUCUGGGUCCUCACUGGGGACAAGAUGGAGACGGCGGCCGCCACCUGCUACGCCUGCAAGCUGUUUAGGAGGAACACACAGCUGCUCGAGCUCACCACCAAGAAGAUAGAGGAGCAGAGUCUGCACGACGUCCUGUUUGAGCUGAGCAAGACCGUCCUGCGCCACAGCGGGAGCUUAACCAGGGACAACUUCUCAGGACUCUCGGCGGACAUGCAGGACCACGGUCUCAUCAUUGAUGGAGCCGCGCUGUCUCUGAUCAUGAAGCCCAGGGAGGACGGGAGCUGUGGGAACUACCGGGAGCUCUUCCUUGAGAUCUGCCGGAACUGCAGUGCUGUGCUCUGCUGUCGCAUGGCGCCCCUGCAGAAGGCCCAGAUUGUUAAAUUAAUCAAACUUUCAAAAGAGCACCCUAUCACUUUAGCCAUCGGAGACGGUGCCAAUGACGUCAGCAUGAUCCUGGAGGCCCAUGUGGGCAUAGGUGUCAUUGGGAAGGAAGGCCGCCAGGCCGCAAGGAACAGUGACUACGCCAUUCCGAAGUUUAAGCACUUGAAGAAGAUGCUGCUUGUUCACGGGCAUUUAUAUUACAUCAGGAUAUCUGAGCUCGUGCAAUACUUCUUCUACAAGAACGUCUGCUUCAUUUUCCCUCAGUUUUUAUACCAGUUCUUCUGUGGGUUUUCACAACAGACGUUGUAUGACACUGCCUACCUGACCCUGUACAACAUCAGCUUUACGUCCCUCCCGAUUCUCCUGUACAGCCUGAUGGAGCAGCACGUCAGCAUAGACACGCUCAGGAGGGACCCUUCCCUGUACAGAGAUAUCGCCAAGAAUGCACUCCUUCGCUGGCGCGUGUUCAUUUAUUGGACAUUCCUGGGAGUGUUUGAUGCCCUGGUGUUUUUCUUUGGUGCUUACUUCAUGUUUGAAAACACAACGGUGACCAGCAACGGGCAGAUAUUUGGAAACUGGACCUUCGGGACACUGGUGUUCACUGUGAUGGUAUUUACGGUCACACUAAAGCUGGCACUAGAUACGCACUACUGGACUUGGAUAAACCACUUUGUCAUCUGGGGGUCACUGCUGUUCUACGUUGUCUUCUCCCUUCUCUGGGGAGGGAUUAUCUGGCCCUUCCUCAGUUAUCAAAGGAUGUACUUUGUGUUCAUCCAGAUGUUGUCCAGCGGCCCUGCCUGGCUGGUCAUCAUCCUGCUCAUCACUGUCAGCCUCCUUCCCGACGUUCUCAAGAAAGUCCUGUGCAGGCAGCUGUGGCCCAGUGCCACAGAGAAAGUCCAGAGCACACGCGUGCACGGCCAGAGCCGCCUCCCGGAACUCACCCUCCUGGCCUGUCGGCGGAGCUCCAGCCCCUGGGCCACGUGGCCAGGCCCACACGCAAAACAGGAGCCACUGUCGUGGCCUCCCCUCUCCAGUCUCCUGCACAGCCAUUCUGUCCCUGUGCCCCAUGGGGGGACCACUGGCGGACAGGCCAUCAGUCCAGACCUCUGAGAGCCACACGUGUGAGCCUCUCCCCACCCUAAAGGAGGGACCAGGGCAGCGGGACUUGUCUGGAGCUUGUGGCCAGCACGUCACCUCUCCUGGCUCUGGUGGCCUCACACUGCCUCCGACGGGCAUUCAGUUGUGUUGGGAAGAAGGGCCCCAGGGCCUGCUGUGUCCCCACUGCAUGGGGCCUCCAGCCUCAGACACCUCCGGAGAAGGACACCUGUGUGGACGUGCACCGUGGACGUGGAGCGCAAGUGGCCACCCCACUGGCCGUGCUGAGCACGGGGGGCCUGUCCUCACCAUGGGACGGGCUGGCCUUGCCUCUGUGCCUCCUUGUCCACAACCCUCUGGUCCUCAUGCUUCUAGAACUGGCUGGACCAGCCCCUCGAGCCACAUGUUCCCACGGCCUGUCAGCGUCAUGGCCUGUGCCCUGCUUCUGUCCAAACCCACCACAGGGUGGGGCUGGCCUUCAGGGUCCUGUCUGGUGUGGAGUUUGUUUCUUCGAGGGGGUGCUAGCGUCCCCCGUGUGUUGCAGGGUGUCUUUGAGUCUUUCCUGUCUGCUGGCUGCCCCAUGGAGAAAACAGAGUAUCGCGUGUGAAGAAUGAGUAAUACCGUCCGUGUGAGCCUUCCCAGUACAAGCUCUGAGAUAGUUAUCCUCACGCCCCCAAGAAUAGAGCCUCCCCAUGUUCUCUUGUUGGGAGAAGUCUCCCCCACUUGUUCCAGGGGCAGACCACAGGCUGUGACGGUCAGACCCCUCCAUAUCCUCACUCAGAGGUGCCCUCCGGGGGCCGCGUCCAUCUUCCAAGAUCCAUUUCUGGCCCACACUGGUCUGAUGGUGAGUCAGCCUCUGAACCCCGAAAAGCAAUAUUGCCAUCCCAGACUGCUGCCCACACUCAAGACCUUGACCAAACAUUGUGUUUUCUGUUAGAUGCCCGCUUUGUUGUCGUCUGUGCUGCCCAGGGCAUUAGUUGGGGUGGCAGAGCCAUCAGAAGGCUGGUGUGCUGACAGUCCCUGGCACUUCUCUGCACCAGUAAUUGUUUCUAGAAAUAACCUCUUUGACAUAGCCUUAAUGGUCCGGAAGGAAACUGAGAUUUCAGUCUGAGAUUCAAGUUCACGUGUUGAAACUGAUGCCUUUUAAGAAAAGCAUCACCCAGAAGCUAAAGUACAAGCAGGCACCUUGCCCACUGCGGAUCCCGUGCUGUGGAACCGGGGACGUCGGUGUGAGCCCGGCGUCUACUUCGGAGAUGCGGGAUUUCAGGUGUUUUUGGAAGUUCAGGUUUCAUAAUUUGAUUGUAUAAUGUUUCGCCUAUAAAAUAUUUAUUUGAACUAGGGGGUUAAUUCAAUGCGUACACACAGUGGUUGGGAUAAGUUCAAGUGAAGUGGAAACACCAUACCAAAGACCAGGAGACAGAACAAAGAGUAAGAGAGGGUCUCCGCCAUGAGAGUCCUCGCCACGCCCUCCGCUCCGCCCUCCCCACGCCCUCUCCGCUCUGACCUCUCACGCCCUCCCUGCACCGCUGUCCCUGGUCACGCCCUCUGCACUCGCCACGCCCUCCCCCCCUCCCUCCCUCCCUGGCUACGCCUUCCGGUAAUGCCUCGGUCACGCCCUCUGGCCCCGGCCGUCAGGUCCGCGCCGGACCUUGCGAACGGUGGUGUGUGCAUUUUUACAGCCGUUUUUAAGAACCUACUAUGGGUAUAAAUGUCCCCCCCCACCUGUAGGGGGACAGAUUCUCUGUAUGUUUAGUUAACAAAUUCUUUGUAACGUAUUUUUUUAGAAAUCUUAAAAUUGCCUUUGCACUGAAGUAUUUUCAUAGCUGUUUCUAUCUCUUUUAUUCAUUUAUUUGUUAACAUACCGCACCUAAUUUUUAAAGUAUGUUUUUAAAGCUUUUAUUUUUUAAGUUGGUGAACUUUUGGCCACUUUACAUUUAAAUUCUGGUGAGAGUUUUGGCUGAAUGUCUCAAUACCCGAUGAAUGUGAAUUUUCAGAUUUGAUUUUAUUCUCUACACCUGUUUGUUUUUGGUGUUUCCGGUGGCAGUGAUUAGUUGAAGGCAUAUUUAGAGCACAAUGUUUUGCUUGCUUUUUCUUCACAGUCGUUGUGAUUGUCAUCUGCUCUUUGUUUUGUUUUCGAUUUCCAUCCUUCGGCCUUAAGAUAGAAGUUUCUCGAGGGAUGGUUCAGUGUCCUCUUUCCACCUGUAUUGAGACGGUCACCGUUUACCUCUGAUGAUGCAAGUCUCCUUAUGAAAGUCCCUAACCCCUUACAUGCUCCAAAAUGUCUUUUACAAAAUUGUUUGGGAAAUAUUAAGUGACUGUGCCUGAUCAUUGGAAACAGGGGCGGGAGACAGAGCCUCAGAGGUAAGGAAGAACCCGCUGAAAGGCCGCACGUGGGACUCCGUGCGAUCUUUCACCAACAGUAGUUAAUAAUUACUGGCCUUAAACUGACCUUAAAGCAAGACAUGUCAACUUUUAGCAUUUUUCUUAGUUUUGAAAACCUUGUUCAGGACUGCACAUGUUAAUGAAUUAAUUCAUAAUUUCCCACACUGGUCCCAGCAUCUGGUUCUGGACCCGCACACCAUCCCCUAAGAACAGGUCACCAAUAAAGCACGGGUGGUCCUGACCCAGUCACCGUCUCUCUCCUGCUUUCAACUCCGAAUCUACUCAGGGCCACAGGCGUGCACGUGUCUCAGCAUGCACGCACACACACAGUGCACACACGUAUGCACUCCCUGGGCCCUGUGCAUCCUGCCUCCCUCCUAAGGGGACCCUGCCAGGAGUCCGGCAAGGCCAGGCUCCUUAGACCUCGAGCCUUGUGCCCUGGCUGGACGCCGGAGGCAAGCGUGGACGGACAACGCUGCGGUGCUCUGGCCUGAUAAGCGUCUCCUGUUCGGGGGUCCCCCCCCCCCGCCACUGACACCUGCCUGCAGCUCUGCCCUCAGGAUGGUGGCAGAGAGGCUCCUCUGUGACCCGGGCAUCCCUGGGCUCUGGCUGGCACCCUGCCUUGGGCAGCUGGGGAAACACACCCUCUUCUCCCAGACCAGCCUGUACAUUUGACUCCAUAGGGUGAACGCAGAGCACAGAAGCCUGGGGGGGGGGGGGGGGGGGUUCCUGAGCCUGGGAAGGAGGCCGGAAAUGCUUCUGCAGGUACAGGUUGAUAGAAUUGUCCUUUGGCCUGGUGAGAUUUUGCAGCUUUAACUACAAAAAUGUCUCCCACAUGCUGUUCUCAUUAGUCUCGAAUAGUUGCACAUCAACCAAAUGUUGAGUGCAGCCUAAGGGAGUUCUCCGCCUUUUUUUUUAAAACCACUAAGUGCAUCUGUUUUGCACUGACUGGUGAAACCUAAUGCAACAGCUUCACUUCACCUUGAAAAUCACAUUAUUUAUUUAACAGCUGCGUGUCACGUUUCGUUGUUCAGUGUCUUGCCUUCUCCAUUUCUUUUGGAAGUUUCCCAUUUAAAAACAGGAAAAAUGUCAGUUGGCAAAUGCAAUUUUUUUUUAAGUUAGCGGGUGGGUGAGCGGGAAUGAGAAUCAUUCUGAUAUUGUCUAGAAACAAAGCUUUAAUGGAGAUGUGUUGGAAGUAUUAUUAAAGGGUGAUUCUACUUUUGCAGAAAAAAUCUAAAGAUCAGUUUAUAUAGCUUUAUUUUUUACCUUAUGAAAAUAUACAGAAUUUUAAUAUGCAUAUAUUGUCUCUGACUUAAAAUUAUGACGUGUCUGCAUUGCCAUUGAAAAUGUCCAUUCAUUAUGUAACGUAGUAAAAGAGAACCUUCAAAAUGCAUUUAACAUGAACGGUAUCUAUAGUUGUCAUCAUCAUAAAUACUGGAAUUUAUUUUUAAAUUAUUGAAUAUAGUAGGUGCAUUUAAGAUGGCCGAUCAGCCUCCAGAUAGUAAUGUUAACCUGCUUUGAAAAAUUAAAUUGUGAUUAAACCAAAUCUUACAUUUCUGUAAACUUUAUUUUGUAUGCUACUGUUUUUAACUUUUAUUUCUGUAGAUAAAGUAUGACUUGAUAAUAUUAAUUAUAUUGGACUUUUCUGCAGAUUAUCUAAGCAGGAGACUUGAAUCUGCUUGCAAUAAAGAAGAAAAAAUGUC